AUGCUGGUGACAAAGUUCGCAGCUCUGGCAGCUCUCUGGUUCCUUGGUACAGCGGAGUCGACGGAGACCACCGAGAACAGUUGCAUGUUGCAACAGAAAGGCCGGGAGCAAGGCGUGGCCCAAGCGGAGGAGCAAGGCACGGCCCAGGCACCGCCAGACGCGCCGCAGGGCUUCGAGUUGAAAUGCACCAACUGCUUUUGUGAGGAUGUCACCACCGCUGAGAAAGAGCCCGUGGAUGCCGAGACAUGCGCGAAGCACUGUGGGGCUGUUCCGUUUAUUUAUCCUCUAACGUAUGGGAAUCGCUGCCUUUGCUGUGGGAAUUCGGCGAAGCUCAUCGAGAAUCCCGAGCUCCCCUACGUCACUGACUACCUGCUGGAGCUCACCCGAGUCUGCAGCCAGGGCAGCAAAGAGAGGAACUAUCACAUUUUCUUCCAGCUCAUCGAAGCCCGGAAUUAUGCCGAGCUCAAAGGCCUCGGCAUCAUGGAGCCCAAGGACUAUGCCUACCUCCGCGGUUGCUUGCCCAAGGCCCCCGGCAUCGACGAUGCCCAGUUCUUCGAGGAGCUCAAGGAAGCCUUCCAGGGGCUGGGAAUUGACAGCAAAGCGCAGCUUGAGGUGUUCAGCACCGUGGCAGCCAUCCUGAUGAUGGGCAACGUCGAGUUCACCGAGGCCGGCGAGGCCGCCGAACUGAAAGAUGAAGCUGCGGUGGUCAAGGCUUCGGACCUGCUUGGUGUGGAGGUGCAGGCCCUGAAGCCGGCGCUCCUGAAGCGGCUUAUCAAAGUGGGCAAGGACGUCACGCAGGCAAACCGGACUGCUGCGCAGGCCAAGGCGGCUGCGGACGCCGUGGCACGGCUGUUGUAUGGCCGGCUCUUCAAGUGGCUGAUCAAGCGCAUCAACUCUUGCUUGUCCGAGGGUAAGAAGGCCACCGGCCAGUUUUUCGGCGUGCUGGACAUUGCACCUUCCUCAGAGGAUCCCGCUCCACCACUCUUGCUGCGCAACCUCCGUGAUGCUUAA